GAAAGAUGUCAAGUAAUAACGAUGAGAUAGAUGCCACCAUUUCUUCCUUGAUCAGAUAUGUCUCCAGGAACUUCUACGGAAAGUCAUACGUUCUCGUUCUCGAUGCGAUCCUCUUGCACAGUGUUUUGUCUGAAGAGGAUUUGUUAUAUUUGCUCAGUUUCCAGAAGAAAGAGCUAAAGGCCCUAUGUACAAAAUUAUGCGAGGACAGACUAUUGACAAUGGUCUCACAGAAGGAGGUCAUACAGAACCAGAACAGCAACUACUACAACAGAAGUAGAGGUUCCACCCCAGGUUCUACUCCAAACACACCCUUGAACAACAGCUCUGCCAAUGGGAACAAUGCCACCUCUUCAAAUGCAAAUUCUUCAUAUGGUUCAUACGAUAGAGAAAGAAGUGGUCAGCCUUCCUACCAGAGAUAUGUGACAAAAAUAUACUAUUUUAUCCAUCAUUCUGAGGCAAUCGAUUCUAUCAAGUACAAAGUAAAUAGAAUUGUCAAUUCAUUGAAGGAUGAAAUGAACACCGAUUCAAUAUCCCAAGGCUAUAUCUGCCCCAGAUGUAGACAAAAGGUAUCUCAAGUUGACUCAGUUCCAUUGUACGAUGACAACAAAGGUGAAUUUGUUUGCGAUGUCUGUGGUGCCUAUUUGAUUGAUGACGAUUCUUCUAAGAUUGCCACCUUAAAACAGCAAAAACUAGCUAAAUUACAACACCAAAUUGACCCAAUAAUUAUUUUACUAAAAAAAAUAGAUGAUCAUUGGAUUCCUGAAAAUGAUUUCAAUUCAGCUCUAGCCAAAAUGAUCCCAGCUCAAAGUAACUCAACCGCUGCUUAUACUGUAUCAACUUUCAAUAAAUAUAAAAACCCAAAUACCACUUCAAAUAACAAUAGUUCUUCCUCGGUAAACUCGAAUAGAUCCACGAUAACGACUUUACAUGUCAAUAUCACCGGUGAUAAUGAAGAAGAAGAAAAGAAACAAAAAGAGGAAAUCGAAAUUAAAAGACAAAAGGCUAUUCUUAACGCUCUACCUGCAUGGCAUCAAUCUUCAACUGUUGGUAAAACUGAUUUAAACAUCACUUCCAACUCUACAAAUAAUAAGGCCAAUAACAGUGCUCAAAAUAACAAUACCAAUAAUAAUAAUAAUAAAAAUGCCAAUAAUAAUAACAAUACCAAUAAUAAUGGCAACAAUUAUUCAAGUUUUAAUAAUGAUUCUAGUAGCACAAUUUCAAAUGUUCUAUCCGCUAAAACUAAUAUCACAAUGAACGAUAACCAUAAUGAUUCUACCCCCAAUACAACUACAGUCUCUAAUAAUAAUGCCAAUGGCUCUAAUGAUGCUCAGGAUUUAUUAACAGAUUUCUUUACAAAAUUGAAACAGAAAGAAAGAAAUGAUGAUGAUGAUGAUGACAACGAUGAUGAUAGCGAUGAAGAUGAUUUAGCUGAAUUUGAAGAUCUUUUAUGAUUAUCUAUCUAGUCGGAUUUUUCAUAUAUAUUGUAUAAUAAUUAUAUAGAAUAAAAUCAACCAAUAAAUGAGUAUAUAUUCUAUAUUCU